CUGGGACCAAAGGUCCCUCAAACAAGAGCAUUGAGCGCACUGAACUGAGGAAAGCACAUCGCCUUCAUCUUGCCUCAGACGUCGUUCCAAACUCUUUAUGUGUAGCAGGGUUGAAGUAUUUUCCUGACGCUGGUAUGAAGGAACAGGAGCAGCUGGGAUGAAGUCAGCUGAAAGCUCUGCUGGAAGCACGAUGUGCUCCUUCGCGUGUUCCUGAUCGCCUGGGAGGGGACGGCGUGUUUCCUCUGCAGGACGCUGCUGGCAGCAGGAAAGUAAAGGACCUCCAGUGGCUCGUCAUGGAUGUGGUGGGAGAAAAUGAAGCCUUACAGCAGUUCUUCGAAGGGCAAGAUGUCCACAGAGCCUUGGAAAACCCUACGGUGGAUACAAGCAUGUUGGAAGAAUUCAUCAGCAGUGACUUAGAGUUCGGAACCUUGCAAAGGCAGUUGCCAGACUCUCCACCAGACUCCGGGUCAGAAGCGUACUCUCCACCACAGCUCAAGACCACAUGGGGUGAUGCUACGUGGCCAAGUGGGCAGCAGUCUCUGUUCCCAUGUCCAUCAGCUGUGGCACCCAGCAAGCUUCCCUACAGGUUCCUGGAGACUUCUUCUGACCCCAACAGCAGUGGACAUCCUUGUAGCACUCCGCAGGGCUGCUGUAUGAAGAGAGAUAAUGCUGUGACUCCGUGGAAUAACUCUACAUCCUCCAGCUCUAUGGGUUUUAAUUAUUCAUACUUUCAGCCAAAUGUAUCUCAGAUUUCUAGCACUUCCACAGCAUCAGGCACAAAAAGGAAGCUCUCACAGUUACUGGGAGAUACCCCUGAUCCUCAGGUCUGGUGUAACAGCUCCAGCCAAGCAGUUCUCAAGGACUGUGCUGCCGAAGUGCAAGACUAUGACAGUGAUGGACAGAAUGCAGCUUUGGAAAAAUGCUGCCAAGCUCUAACAUGGCACCUAUACCAAACUUCUCAGUGGAACAGCUUACUGAACUCUAACUAUGAAAAGCUACCUGCCAUAGGAUAUCACAUCGUCACAGACAAAGGAUUUAAUUUUUCAGCGACAGACGAUGCUUUUGUGUGCCAGAAGAAGAAUCAUUUCCAAAUCACAGUCCAUAUUAGAAUCACUGGUCAUCCAAAAUAUGUCAAAACUCAGCUGGGGGUGAAACCAAUAGAAAAGUUUUACUUGAAAGCUUUUGGAAUAAGGAUGGAAGCUCCAAAUCAAACAAUUGCGAUUGAGCAAUCUCAGUCAGAUCGAAGCAAAAAGACUUUCAAUCCUGUUAGAGUCGAUCUGCCAGGGGAUCAGAUAACCAAAGUGACAUUGGGAAGGCUGCAUUUCAGUGAAACAACAGCAAAUAACAUGAGAAAAAAGGGGAAACCUAAUCCUGACCAAAGAUACUUCAUGCUGGUGGUUGGACUGUAUGCCGCCUCUCAGGACCAAUUCUACUUGCUGUCUGCAAAUAUCUCUGAAAAGAUCAUUGUAAGGGCAUCUAACCCAGGGCAGUUUGAGAAUGACAGUGAUGUGUUGUGGCAGCGAGGACAUGUUCCAGAGACAGUAGUCUGUCACGGUCGAGUAGGAAUUAACACAGAUGCACCAGACGAAGCACUGGUUGUCUGUGGAAAUGCAAAAGUUAUGGGCAGAGUCAUGCAUCCAUCUGACAGCCGAGCAAAAGAGAAUAUCCGGGAGGUCGAUACAAAUGAGCAGUUAAGAAGAAUAACACAAAUGCGACUGGUGGAGUAUGACUACAAGCCUGAAUUUGCAUCUGUUAUGGGAAUAGAAAAUACUCACGAAACAGGAAUAAUAGCACAGGAAGUGAAGGAGCUUUUACCUCAGGCUGUUAGAGAAGCUGGAGAUGUCGCUUUUAAUGAUGGCGAAAAAAUAGAAAACUUCCUCAUGGUUGACAAGGAUCAGAUCUUCAUGGAAAAUGUAGGUGCAGUAAAACAGCUUUGCAAACUAACCAACAACCUUGAAGUCAGAAUAGAAGAACUGGAACAGUGGAACAGAAAACUGGCCAGGCUGAAACGGUUAAGCAGUUUAAAGUCAACAGUCAGUGAAAGGAGCACAGUCAGCAGGUGCAGUCGAGCCACUAGUCUCUUGCCAUCAAGAAAAUCAGUCCAGCUAAAAUCCAGCAAGGUCUGUAUAUCGAAGAGGAAAGAGUCUUGCUCCAGGAAGAUUUUCCGGGUGACUAUAUUAGCUUUGGUUGCUGUUAUGGCGCUAUGUGCUUUGACAAUAUCAACCCUUUAUUUGCUUAGCAUCCAUGACAAACAUCUCGAGAAACAUUUUGCUUCCAGCAAUACCUCAAGUACUGUUGUGUUCUUUCCCUCUACCACUACGGCAGCACUGCAGGAAACAACAGUUUCUCAGAGCACGCAAACCAUCAGCAGGAUUCCUGAAGUGAACUUCUGUGAUCUUUUGCCUUGUGACAAAGUUUAUUGUUGUCCCAUUCAUCAAGCAGUGGUCAAAUAUCAAAGUUAUGAGAAAAUGAAAUCAGAGAAGAUACGAAACAAAUGUGACGUGAUACUUGGAGGAAAUACUGACAGGAGACCUUAUCUUGGAACUGACUGGAUUGAUACAACAAUCAGAUCUAUACAGAUUUUGGAAACACAGCAACUAAUUGACAAUCGUUACUGUAGUAAAAAUCCACAGUGCAGGUCUGGAAAUUACAACUGUAUUAUUCCCGUUAGCAAGUACACACCCGUAAAUGUAGAAAUCUCACUGGAAAUCAACACCACAGAACCAUUGAUUAUAUUUCUCUGCAAAAACACAUUUGGAAAUUACUGCUCCUAUUUUUCUUCAAGCCGAAACAGUGGGAAAAAUUUCCAAGAAACCACACAGGGACGUCGGCAUAUUUGGACUCUCCCAGUUGCCAGGCUGUAUGACAGCGCAUACUAUUUCCGCGUAGCCGCACCGGGUUUUGUAAGCUGCUCGACAGAUCCUUAUUAUGCUGGAGUGUUUUUUACUGAUUACUACUUCUAUUUUUAUCGGAAGUGUAACUAAAAUGUUGCCAAUCGCUCUGUACUUUGGGAAGAAAUAAUGAAGUUCUUGAUAUGAAAGAGAGACUCGUGUAUGGCCCUGGAUUUUUAUAAGCAUUUUACUGAGUUGUAUACCAUUUUCUUGUUUGUUUUGCUUUUAAAUAAAAUAAAAUAUUUGACAACAUCUGUAGCUCUAUGUUUCCAGGAACCGUUUCUAAAAGGUCAUGAGGCAGUGGAGUACAUGGUGUGUAAAUAAAUAACCCCAUUAGUGCAGUUUCAAGAUAGUAUACAGCAGACAAAAACAAAUGGGUAGGAGCUCUGCUGAACUGGGAUAUAUUUCAGCCUUCAGAAGAUGGUAAGAUAAUAAAAUAUUACUUGUAGUUAGAAGACGUGCUUCUGUCCUGCAGCAAUCUAAGUUCUAUUAUUACCUGCUGUCUUUUGUUUGUAUCAGAACCUAACAAAACUUCCAGGGAGAAGUGAAGCACCGUGUAAAUGUCCUCCAAAUUAAGUACUGUAAAUUGACAAACAGCAGUUUGGUUCCACUGUGUGUAAAUUUUUCCCUCUCAGAAAGUAGGCUAUCAUUACCAUUACAGCUGCGUGACUUAACAAAGCUGCUGUUGUUUGGAUGGGAUGCAUUUCAGGUACCUUUUCUUUAAAAAUGUACAGCAGAAAUGAGCUGCUUACUCCUAAUUUUCUUGGUGUUUGUGAUUUGUGCUAGUGUGAAGAAAGAAGUGCUUGAGAAGAAUAAUGACUUGCCUGCACAGCUUUCCAAGAUGGAUGUAGAUAGAUGGGAGAAAGUGGAAUGCAGUUUCACGUUAGUUGCUCAGACAAAAGGAGCACAGAUGGAAUGACCAAAAACAGUACGAGUAGCGUUGUGGGGCAUGCCUAGAACAACCAUUCAUUUUGUGUGGAGAAGGGAAAGUAAAUAUAAUGGUGACUGUAGGCUUUCUAAGAUUUAUAAUGUAAAAGUUGACAUGUGGGCAACCUUGCUCCGCAUGAGAUUCUUUAUUUAGCAGUGGAAAGAAAAUAUUAGGAAGAAAAAUUAAUCUCUGAAUAAGAGUCUUUGUAAACACCCGUGCAUCUUAAUUGUAUAUUUCUUGCCUGACAAUGGAACGGCAGAGUUUAAUUUGUUUCUGUUUCUGUGAUUUUGUUUGGUAUUUCCUUUAUCACUGUCUCUGGAUUUCCUUUAAGAGUGAUCUUCUUAAUGAUUUUAUUUUUUUUUAAGAUUUGUGUGUCUCUGUUGGUGCUUUUUUAUUUUAGCCUGGGAAGUGCGUACAAAGGAGAUGACGUGUUCUCUUGUAUUUUGAAUCUCUAGAUUCAAAAGCAUCACUGGUUUGUGCCUGUAGCUUUUUAUGGUCCAUACUUGAUGGCAAUUCCUAAGGAACAUCACCCAGUCUCAGAUGAAUGAUGAUGCUGUAUGCGUUUCAAAAGAAAACACAGAUUGACUUUUCCAAAUGAAAAACGUGGUUCUAGAACAUUGCAGUCUUGUUUCUCUGCCAUUUCUGUUUCUCAAUGACAAAGCUGCAACAGCUGUUAAUAGAAUCACGCAGAAUCACAGAAUGGCCCGGGUUGGAAGGGACCU